GCCCUUCCUUUCCAACUUGGGCCCGGCAGAAUGGCUCCCUCAAAGAAGGGUGGUGAGAAGAAGAAGGGCCGUUCUGCCAUAAACGAGGUGGUGACCCGAGAAUACACCAUCAACAUUCACAAGCACAUCCAUGGAGUGGGCUUCAAGAAGCGGGCUCCUCGGGCACUCAAAGAAAUUUGGAAAUUUGCCAUGAAGGAGAGGGGGACUCCAGAUGUGCGCAUAGACACCAGGUUCAAUAAAGCCGUCUGGGCCACGGGAGUAAGGAAUGUUCUGUACCGCAUCCAAGUGCAAUUGUCCAGAAAGCAUAACGAGGAUGAGGAUUCACCAAACAAGCUCUACACACUGGUAACUUACGUGCCUGUUACCACAUUCAAAAAUCUACAGACGGUCAAUAUGGAUGAGAACUCACUGCUGAAUGUCAAAUAAAGUUACAGA